ACCCCUCCCGCUGUGUAUCCUAAAUGGUAUCGUCCGGAACUUCAAGCAUUUUGCGGGAAGCUGCGAAGUGUUUACAAAACAAACUUGUUACUUAACAAAGCUACAGUUGUGCCAAAUGAGUGCCAAAAAGGCCAAAGGAGCCAAAGUGCUCACAGCAACACAACAUGAGAGUCAAAAAGGUUCAUCUAAUGAUCAAAUGGAUUCUCCCAACCUGUCUGCUAUAGAGAGAGGCAGCUUCCUGGAGGGACUGCAGCUUAAUUAUGGUAACCCCCUGCACAGCACCGCCAUGGAGGAAGAUUUAAACGUCUUGGAGGAGGAAGGGCUGAACGGAGGGAAACCUCUGAGAAAGGUGAAUCCUAAACGGUCGAAGACGGCCGUUAAACAGAGUGGGGCUGCCGUGAAGAGGAAGGAGACAGAGAGGGAUGGAGAGAAUGAGGAAGAGAAGAAGAAAAAGAGGAGUAGAAGUAUUGGAGGGACACCUGAAGCGAGGCCAGUGAACAAUCAGCAGGUGAAGAAAGGCAAGAAGAGAAAGAGUGAGUCAGGAAGUGGAGUUUCCAAUAACCCUGAGUCACAGGAGCAAACGGACCCCUGCACCGCCCAGCGGAGACAGAAGAAAGUCCUGUCGUCUGAGGAGGAGGAGGAGGACAGGAGUUGGUGCCCAAGUCCAAAGAAGGCCAAAGGGUAUCAGUUGAGCAGAACCAGAAAGUCUUCACCUAAGUCUAAAUCUAGAAAGUCUUCAUCAGGCUGUGCAUCUGCAGAACCAGAGACGGCCCACACGGAGAAACAGAAGAAGAAGAGACGUGGUCAUCAGGGAGGAACAGAGUUGGAGCGGGUGCUGCAUGCCUUCCUUGACUUCUGUGACCAGUACAGGGAAUCCGUGGAGUCUAAAGCAGUCAAACAGUCCAUUGAUUGCUUCUGCUCCAAUGUAAAAGAGCAACUUUUGGAAAAGAUCUCUUCUUCCAAGGAGCUCAAGGUUUUAAAAAGAGAGAACGCCAAGGUGGGUUCUUUGAUCCGUACAAAGACACAGAGACUGUUGGAGGCCAAAAAUGAGCUGAUGAGAGCGGAGAGGCAGGUGUGGCAGCUGCAAAAAGAGAAAGGUGAACUUAAAGCCCGAUUAGCUGAUCUGAGACGAGGCCAAGCCUUUCUGCAUGACAUCAGAGAGCUCAACAGACAAUACCUGGACCACCGACACAAACACCCCAAAGAGAAAGAGAUGUAUGGGGCGUCCAGCUUGCCAGCUCUGCUAUUGGAGACCAAGCAUAUUCACGCAGUAGAUCAUCAGCUGAGAGGAAUCGAUAACCAAGUCAAAAAAACAACAAAGAAGAAUGAGACUCGAAAAUAAUGUGC